CUCUCUAAAAAGUACUCACGAUUUUAUAUAAAAAAAAAAAAGAGUAAGUACUCAAGAUAAAAAGUUACUACAACCUGCAUAAUACUAUUGCAGAGGGGAGAGAAACUCAAGAGUCAAGGCCACUAGGUUGAACAAACUUCCUCACUACACCUUUGUGGAUCUUAUUAUUAUUGUUGUUCUUGUGUUUGUGUGUAGAAAUAUAUGAGCAAUAUGACUUCAAAUGGUGGGAAACUUGCUGGUAAGAGAAAAUAUUCAGACAACGAUGAAGAGACUGAAGAUGAUGCUAGUGUUUAUAUCAAAUUUUCAAUCAGGGGUCAGGAUGGGAAGGAGAUUUUCUUCAGAUUGAACCAGAAUCGGUACUUAAAACCAGCAUUACAAAGUUACUGUCAAAAGGUGAACAUGGACUAUGAGACUAUGAACUUUAUCCUUGAAGGCAAACCUAUUCGAAAAGAGCGUGAUACACCAAAGACGUUGAAGAUGGUAAAUGAUGACCAGAUUGAUGCUGUAAAACAGCAAACAGGAGGUGGUGGUGCAGCUGGAGGAAAUUAAAUGGUUUAGUAGUAGUGAGCUUAUUAUGAAUUGUUAAUCUGUUUAAUUGUUUGACUAUUUUGGUACAUGAUCCCAAAAAUGUACCUAAAACUUGCAUGUUCUUGAUUAUAACCUUUAUCUUAGGGAGUACUAACUAAAUACAAUCUUUAUUGACUUGGUGAAAAUUUAAUCUCAUGCCCUUAUGAUGA